AUGAACUUGGACACCACUAUAGAGCAAGAAAUUAUGUUGGCGUUAAGCAAGUCGGACUAUGACACUUUGAGGCAGCUUCUAAAUUCUUCAAAUAUAAAUGAGCCUCUUGACUCUUUCGGGAACAGACCAAUACACCUUGCAGCUUUGAAGAUGGACAUCGACAUGAUAGAAUUUCUUGUAAUGAUGUUUGGAGCUGAUAUAAGCAUUCUAAAUUCGACUAAUUGGUCACCUUUGACAUUCAUUGUGUUGCGCAACGAUCCUAAUAUCAAUAAAACUGUUGGUCUACUUGUAAAAUUAGGUGCAACGAUUAAGAAUGGUAAAAGUCCAUUUGAGAAUUUGGCUCUGGAAUAUGCAAAAUCUCAUAAAGAAGAAAAUCCAAAUCUAUACAAUUUUCUGGAGAGCGUAGCAAAUAGCGAUUUAAACUGGGAAAAGCACAAAGCAGCUGUUUUUCUCAGACAUUCAUUAAUAGGGCCUUACUUGCUUUAA